AUGGCUUCGGAUGAAGCGGGGACGCCAAGCCGUCUUCGCUCUUGGCUCUCUUUCCGCCGGCGCCGAUCACGACCAGGCAGCUCCGGGUCUAUCGAUACCUCGAGCUCUACGUUAACCGCCAACUCGGAACACGAGAUCACCCCGGCGACUUCGAAUUCUUCUGCCAACACCUCUCCCUCAAUAUCUCCUCAGACGAAAGACUCCAAGAUGCCUUUUCGCCAGAGGAUGGCCCGCCACUUUGGCGAUUCUCUUGCGCCCGAAAAGCCAUAUCUUAGCUAUUACGAUGUUCUCCUUACGGCCGAAGAUAUCAAGUCUCUGAAGCAUGACUGGUUGACCGACAACAACAUCGCCUUCUGGGAGGAGUACCUCGAGCGCGAAACACUUCCUCGGUAUCCCCAAGCACGCAUUGUCCUCCUCCGCCCUAGUAUGACGUUCCUCCUCAUGAAGGAGCCUGACUUGCGCUUGGUCCGAUCCGCCCUCCCCGAUUUCUCCAAGGUCACACACAUUUUCCUGCCCAUCAACGACAACCGUAAUGUGGGUGUCGCUGAGGGUGGUAGCCACUGGUCACUACUCCUCGUCUCGACUCUUGAUGGUGUGGCCUUCCAUUACGACUCUCUUGGCGGUGCCAACUAUGCCGAGGCUAACCUUGCUACGCGCAAGCUUGCCACGGUGCUGCAGCGACCUCUGCGAUUCAUCAACCUCGAAGAUUGCCCUCAGCAGGAGAACGGAAGCGACUGCGGUGUCUUUGUUUGCCUAUUGAUGCGACAUCUCCUAGUCAAGCGCCUUCUCUGCGCUAAUGCCCGCGAGAAGGUGUCCAUGAGCAUGGGCGGAAAAAUGGUCGAUAGUUACGGCGGCCGCAAGGAGAUGCUUCGCAUCAUUGAGAACCUUCGCAAGGAGGGUGAACGCAGGCGAUCGAGAAGCGCCAGCCCGUUCACGAACAACAAGACGCCUCCGCGGAUCGAAUAG